UUCUUACUCUCCCGAAAAUAUAACUGAAAAAGAAUUCAAUCAAUUCAUUAGAUUACAUUGUUUAUUCAGGGAUAAAUUUUUGACUUAGGCAAGAGAAAUCUAAAAUAUGUAUUGGGUUGUUGAAGGAUUUUCUCAUAUAAUAUGUAGAUUUUUUUUUUAAAUAAAAUUAUUGUAAACUCCAUCAUCAUCACAAUAAUUACGUAGGUAUAUAAUUAGUAUGCAUCCAAUGUACAUUAUGUUCUCAAUGAUAGCGACCCCCCACUACCACGUUCUUUUUCUAUAUAUAUAAUCUAAUCUGUAAAGGAAUCAAUCAGUUUUCAGUCUUCCGCCAUUAUUAGAUAAGACUUUGUGGUUUGAGUCCAUUGUUUUUGUUUUUCUUUUUUCAGGCUUCCUUUCUGCUUUCAGGAAUUACAUCGCCAAGGUUCGUUCUUUUCCAAUAAAUUUUGAUACUUGGCGAUUGUUAAGCACGCUUGAGUUGUUGAUCAAUGGGGUCUGAAGGGCCUCCAGCUGUGACUAUCCAUGUUACUGGUUUUAAAAAAUUCCAUGGAGUUGCAGAAAAUCCAACUGAGACAAUUGUUAACAAUCUAAAAGAUUAUAUGAAGAAAAGGGGUCUUCCCAAAGGGGUGAUCCUUGGUAGCUGCAAUGUUCUUGAGACGGCAGGACAAGGGGCUGCGCUACCUUUAUAUCAGACAUUGCAAUCUAGUCUAAGUAGAGAUGCGAAUGAUGCAAGUCCGGCUAGAGUUAUUUGGGUACAUUUUGGAGUUAAUAGUGGUGCAACAAGGUUUGCAAUAGAGAGCCAAGCAGUCAAUGAAGCCACGUUUCGUUGCCCUGAUGAGAUGGGAUGGAAACCACAGAAAGUUCCUAUAAUCCCAGCUGAUGGUGGAAUUUCGAGAACACGAGAGGUAAAGCUGUUUCUUUGUUUAAUUUCGUUUUAUUGCUUGUGUAGUUUCUUUGCAAUAUUUAUGGUGUAAUUAUGUGUAAGUUAACAAGAUAUGGAACGCGGCAUAAUUUGAAAAUGGGGGUAUUUUAAACAUGGAAAUGAGCAUCUGAUCGAAUACGAGAUGCACUACUUUCCUUCAUUUCACAGUUACCAUACUUGCUCAGUUUUGUGAAUGAAUGAACUUUCUAUUGAAUCUACCGGCAAGUUUAAAGUUUCUGAUUUACGAUGCAUUUCAGCUUUACUUGGUUGUGUAUUAUUAUCCAAAAAUGACAAUGUUCUUGCUCUAUGUACAACACUUGUACACAGGAGUUGCCUCUAACACGGGGAAUGAUUCCUCAGAUAAAGAUAUGUAUCUGCUUGAUUUUCAAUCACAUUUUACUAUCUUAGUGAUGGAAUUUUUGGUGACAGUUUUGGAUAUCCAUGUCGAUAGGGCAAGCCAAUUUGACCACUCUGUUGUGGUGAAUUUGAAAAUUUCUUUGCUUUUGGUUUAUCUGUGUUAGUUCGAAAUGUAGAUUUUCUCUUCAAGGUGCUGGAAUCCAUCAGUGCUGAAAAUGUUAUGUGCUUCUUUGAAGAGUGGCAUGUGCCUGAUUAUAACUACCCUUCAGAACAGUCUGUUUGUGCAAAUUUAAAUGCUCCAUGUUGAAAUCCUUAUGUUCAUUUAUGAAGGGAAAUAAGAAGCAAGAAUGAUAUAAUGGUAAAAAAGGCAUUUCAAUAUGUAAAGGACCGUGACACUUGUCGAGUUUUUGUCCGGCCUCAUUCUUCAUCAUUUCAAGGAGACAACUUGUCGAGGUGCACAUCUGUUCUGUGGACUUCGGGGAGAAGUCCUUCUAGUUGCACCCUGAUUUUUCCUUUAUCUUGUUAGAGAACCACAAAUAUACUAUUGAAGUACCCUGGUGUAGCUCGCCAGAUGCAUUAUUGACCAUGCUUUUUCAGAAAGCAUUCGAUCUCGAGUGUCUGGAAUGCAGAUGCCAUUUAGAAGAAGGAGUCAUAGGAUGCUAGUGGUCUGUCUUACCACCUUACUUUGGAUUCUAAAUAAUCUGAAGACAUCAAAGUGCAGUUGCCGCAAGCAAUUAUAUCAUGACUACAUAUAGCUAUCUGUUGUAGUUCUUUUGAGCUUAUUGGCGAGCGCAAAUGAUUAUUUUGUUUGGCAUUGAUAUCAUGCAUUUUUGUGGAAAUUAUUAGUCUUUAAUCUGUGUCAUUUUCCCUUUGGCCAGACAUCUCUUCCUGUGGAGGAAAUCACAAGGUCAUUGGCUAAGAUGGGCUAUGAAGUGAUGACUUCUGAUGAUGCUGGUCGAUUCGUCUGCAAUUAUGUAUACUAUCAUUCCUUGCGUUUUGCCGAGCAGAAUGGAAUCAAAUCACUAUUUGUACAUGUGCCCCUCUUCUUUACUAUAGAUGAGGAGACACAAAUGCAAUUUGCUGCUUCCUUACUGGAGGUACUUGCGUCUUAUUGUUAGACUAUUUUUUUCUUCCAAACUGAGAGCUUUUUUGCUCUGCUGUUGUGUUCGUGUAUUUGAAGGUGUGCUUUAAUAAACUCUUUAUUGUAUGUGAAUGGAAAAGUUGAUUUUUGCAGAGAUUGAUGCCUCCUCACGUUUGUUGUAUCAUAUUUUUACUGCCUCCAACAUUUUGAAUAUGGAAAGAAUGGUUCUUGUAAUUGCGGUUACAGCUUAUCGUAGUUCCCAUGUCUUAAUGCGAG